GCAGCGUCAGAUGCAGAACAGUAUUUCCUGAUCAUCUCAAAACUACAAAAGGGCUUCCAAACGACUGGUGCCGCAUUUCUGUCCUACCAAAUUCAUCGUCGGAUGAAUAAAUCAUACGGAAUUAUAUCAGUUACGUGUUUAUCUGCCAAAUGACCAAAUAAAAAAACAGUUUCCGGCUAUAACCAGCACUUGAUGCUCUUGAGUUUUCGUAUUUUGAAGAGAUAAGAAGAUAAAAAAAAUAAUUUGAAGGUCAACCGAAGAUUACUUAUUACUAGAAUGAUCAAGAUUCAGGCGGGUGUGAUUAUUGUUGUUGUUCUGCAGUACUUCCCGAUAACCCAAUUCGCUUAUGGGGCCGCCAUCGUUGUGCUGGUGGCAAACGGAAGUGAUAUCACGAUCAAUCUACCAGUCGAAAAUAACAACAACCGACUGCUGAACGUGAUAAGCGACUCCGGAAACAAUAAUCCAUCAAUUUUCGACUGGAUCGGUGGGAACGGAGCGAACAAAGCACCACGCGUCUCCGUCGAUGGAAGUAGCCAGUGGCGUUCGAAGCAACUGUUUAAUGAAACAUUCGCCCGACUAGAGUCGCUGCGAAGUGUGGAAAGUUCAUCAGAUGAACCGAACAGUGACAUUGAUGAAAAUCAAACCAGUAAUGUUUCUAUCAGGGAGCAUAUCAUCGGGGACGGUUCGGAACCGGUGGACAGUUCCAGUCCAAAAACCACACAAACAAUUGCAACUACCACACUGGAAGCCAAUAACGAAUCGUGGAAAAGAAAUUAUGUUACUGUCGAGAUGAGGAAAUGGGAUUAAAAUUUUUGACAUUAUUGACUAAUUUUUACAAUAAAUUGAUGUCAUUUAUUUAAACCCCGGUUUAACCUAGUUUCGGUUGUUCACCGGGUUUUCAUUGACUAGAUAGGAAGUUUUCAGUACACCGUUUUAUAAUUCUAAAGUUAAAAUCAAAAUUCAUAUGCCCCAAUUUUUUAAUAUAUAUUCCAAUUAAGCAACAUCACGGUCCGAAAAACCAUUGCUGUAAUGUCGAUUGAAAGUUAGUGUCAUAUAUGAAGUGAACAUGUCGAAAUUCUUUCCAGGUAAAGAGCAUUUGUGGGAAAUGCUGAUGCAUUACUUUGUUUACUUAAUUGGUGAAGUUUACGACAAACAUGCUCUAUCGGACGCGACUUGUGAACGUUGGUUCAAACGAGUGUAAUUAGGGACAUCAGUGUAAAAACCAAAAAACAAAUUGAAAAAAAGGCUAAUAUGUAAGAUUUGCUAAACAAACUAAAAAAAACUAAGUGGUAAAGAGGUUGAACGUUAGUGAUCAAGCUAUUUCUGGUCAUCUACUCGCCAUGAAAAAGAUUCAAAAAGAUGAAAUUGCAUAGUAUAUUUAAAGACAAUGAGAGCUUUAAUUUGAAUCAUGAUUCGUGAAAAUCGGCUUAACCGUUGCUGAGAAAUCUAAGUGAGUUCCGUUUUUGGAGAUUUUCUUUACUAUUAUCGGUGCUUUCGGAAGAGGAAACCGGGGACAAGUAGUCCCAAAGUAGUUUUAUAUAUUCACUAACUAACACGAUCUGCCAACUAGAUGAAUUUAGCAGUAAGUUUUAUGAAAAUGAACACCUCGUUUCGUCAUCACUUCUGAAAAAAUACUCAUGAAAUUGAAAAUUUUCACUAAAUGCACUGUAAUACUGGAACCGUAAGGCGGAUCAACUUUUUGUGGAAUUUUGAAAACAUUUUAAGACCUUUCAUUUGCUUCUUAGUUUGUGAAAAUCGGUUGAGAGAUUUCCGAGAAAAUUGAUUACACAUUUUUCAAUAAAUUUGCACAUAUUUCCUUGUGAUUCUGAAACCGGAAUUUGGAUCCAAAUGAAAUUCAAGAAAAUUCUAUGAGGCCAUAAGACCUUUCAUUUGAAUCUAAGUUUGUGAAAAUCGAUUCAGCCAUCUCUGAGAAACGUGUGUGACUAUUUUAUUCUUGUUUUGUCGUGAAUACGACUUGCUUUACUGUGGGGCGCCUUUCAAAAUUAGCCAUAGGAAGAAUGGGUAGAGCUUAAUCGUGAAUAUUUCGACUUGUAUUAAUAGCAGCAAUAUAAUUCUUUCACUAUUUCAUCAAAAAUAUGAUCACGAAUUUAGGAUAAUGUUUUGAACAGUGUGAGAUAACCACAAACAACUCAAAAAUUAAGUUUUCUCAAAAUUUGAAAACAACGCGGACAACUCUUUACUUUCGUUUGGGUUUUUCGCGCAAGGACGUCGAUUUUGAGGUAGUCAGGCACAUAUCUUCAACUGAAUGUUAUGAAAGGGGAACCGUGGUUGAAAAUCGAUCAUUUCUUCUUGUGAGUUGGAUGGAAGCAGACGUCGAGGCGAGAAGACGCAUUCAAACAGCGGCAUCGAAGAGCGCACUUUGUGCGUGGUUAAAAACCUCAAACGCUCAGGUCGUAGUUCUCAUUUACCUUCCGGUUGUCAAGGCGAGAGGUAGCAUAAAACCAGUUCGGCAUCAUUUGGCACUGCGAGCGGAUGUGUUGCGGUUUGUAAGCAUAGCCAGUUUCAACUCAAACAAGAGCGAUUGCAUCAUGCAACAGAGCUUCUGGUCGUUUGCAUUGGAGAGCAAGAAAACGAAAAACGAAAAGUGGACAACCUUAUAAAAAAUCAGCCGUUCUAAUGGCUCUAAAUGUUAUCUAAAGAACUAUUAAGAUUACUUCUUUGCAAAUCGAAUGUAAAAAACCUGUUUUAAUUCACCUAGUGGUGUAAUGAUGCCUUUCUCAUGUACAUAUAAUAUUGUGGUAUUCUAUUUGUACUUCCGGAACCGGAUACCGGGAACCAGCAUAGCCGGAAUUGGUUUGUUUAGUUGCCUACUGAUAAUGACUAUCGAUUUGUGUAGUGUUGAGAUCAGUUUAUAAAAUUUUUUACGUUUUUUGUUUCACCGGCUUAAGUGACGGUGUACA